GUUACUGGGUUCUAAUGGACGCUUAUCUCCCUUACAAACCAGCCAGUCAUUGGCUGUGCCAUAUAACAAGCUUUGUUCUGUUGGCUCUUGGCAUGACAGCGACCUCUAUACCGGUGCUGGGCUGUGUCUUUGACAACAGGCUGAAGAGAGGUGAAGGCAUUGUCUUUGAUAAUUUUUACUUCACACAUCUACAGACAUUAUGGGCCUCUUGGAAGUCUCUGGACGCUUUGACGGAUGUGGUCAAGGAUGGAUAAACUAUAAAGACAGCUGUUAUCUCUUAGUUCAAAGUAACAUAACGUGGUCAGAGGCGAGGUCAAAAUGUCUUCAGGAGUCAGCAGAACUGACCAGCAUUCACUCCCUGGAAGAAAACAAGUUUAUCACAUCAAUACUCCCCAUCAAUUAUAAAUUUUGGAUUGGACUUGAAAGUUUGAUGUCGAAGAAAGACCAUCGCUGGACAGAUAACUCCUCAAUACAGUUUUUAGGUUUUGGCGUUUGGUCUAAGAUUUUAUGGAAACUGUCCUCAGGACUUUGUGUUUACAUUGAAUCAAAGACUGGCUACUGGAAGACAUCAGGCUGUCAGUAUAUCUCAGACAGUGGAUACAUUUGUAAGAGACAUAUAUUUAAUGAACCAGUCGAUACACAGACUAAAUACAGUGUGAUUUGUACGGAAGGAAGUCCCAGAACUUGCUAUACAUUAUACAAAGAAAGAAAACCCUGGGAGGAGGCUCAGAGAUUUUGUAAAGAACAGAAUCAGAAGUUGGUGACUAUCACAGACAGACAAAAACUUGUGCAUCUCAUGACUAAUGUAGAAGCUGAAUCAAUGUCUAUAUGGACUGGUUUAGAAUUCUAUAAUGAUAGCUUCUUAAGAGACAGUAGAAAGAUACAAGAUCCAUAUCCAUGGACAACAGGACAACAACCAAUCUCUGGAUGUGUGGCCUUGAAGUCUUUUGUGUGGGAGACACAGGACUGUAAAACUUCAUUACCAUUUCUGUGCGAGGACAGACAGGACACUUCUGUUGAUAUAACAGCUUUAAGAAUGAGUACUAACACUGUGGCACCCUCGCUUCUAAGCACACACUUCAUUCAAGGUCUGAAUCCUCUUUUGGUCACCACAUCCAAACAGAUGCCGCCUAAUGCAGACAAGGACAACGAGGUCGAGCUAGGAAAAGUCUACUUCAAAUCUUCAGCGAAACGAAAAGCUAGAAGCCUGGUAUUAAAAAGUUGUUUAUCUGGCUGGGUGCAGCGAAACAAUUACUGCUACAAGGUGAUUACUACGAAAGAAAGUUGGCAUGGCGCCAGGCAACAUUGCGAGAGUCUGGGUGCCAACCUACCCAGCAUUCAUAACAAAGCGGAAAAUGAUAUUCUUAAAUCGAUAAUGAAACAAGAAUCAUUGGGAAGACUAUGGGUUGGCCUACACGACUUCUCUAAUGAAACAAGAUUUGAAUGGACGGACAGAACUCUGCUUGAUUUUACCCUUUGGUCACCAAACGAACCUAAUGGCUUAACAGUUUCUGAGGACUGUGUUGAGCUGUACGAGACAGGAGCUUGGAACGACAAUAACUGCAACAUAAUAAGACCGUAUGUGUGUGUAGCGAAAUUAGGUUCAACUUUUAUCCCAACAGUUAUUAUCACCACCGAAGCCCCAAGGUGUGCAGAGAAAGAUUGGUUCUAUCAUGGCGGUUUCUGUUACUAUGUGAGCAUUGACCAAAAAACUUGGAGUCAAUCUCAAGACGUCUGCCGAAACAAAGGGGCAGAACUCAUCAGCUUACAUUCAGAAGAUGAAAAUAAUUUCCUUCUGUAUCAGCUAAGCAAACGUGACGUAGGAGACCACACCUUCUACUGGCUAGGUUUGAACAAACUCAAUCAGAGUUACUACAAAUGGUCAGACGGUAGCCCAGUCGACUAUGUUGCAUGGUUUGGUCGUAUUGAACCAAAGACAUUCACGAAUAAAUGUGUUAUAACUAAAUCAGAACAUGUACUGUGGUCUACAUCAGCUUGUCAUAGUUCGUAUAAGUACAUUUGCAAGGUGCAGAUGAAUUCACUAGGAACAACAGAACCAAUUAAAUUUGUCUGUCCUGAAGGUUUCACAGGGAGAGAAGAAAGCGAUAGAUGUUUUUACAUCGGUGGACUUCAAGCUGGACUGACCUGGUAUGACGCUAAACAAGCCUGCAGAAAAAUGUCCUCUGAAACUGUGGUGCAGAUUGCGAGCAUAAAAGACGCCAAGGAACAAGCUUUCUUGGACUUGCUAAUGGAUGGCUAUGAUGUGAAUGCUUGGAUCGGAUUGGAGUUUGUUAGUUCUCAAGUUCCCAGAUUUUGGGAAGAUGAAUCUCCAGUCACCUAUGGCAACUGGCCUAAGAUACAUAAGCUUUUAAAUUAUGAAUUAUUUAAUCCUAAUUAUCAACGAGAUUACUGUGUGUAUUUUCUGGGAGAGAUUAGCUUCGCAACGUUUGGUGAGUGGUUUCUAGGACACUGUGAUAGCAAAAAGGCCUACAUUUGUCAAACAAAGAAAGUGCCUAGACCUUAUAGAGGAUAUACAGGUUCUAACUUUCCUUAUACACCCACUACAGCGACCAAAGUUCCAAAGCCUACCUAUAAUACUGAAAAAUGUCCAGAAAAGUUCCAGAAAUUCCAUACUCUCUGCUAUUUAGUGGUCAGUCAGUUAGAGACCUGGGAUGAAGCCAGAAACUCGUGCCGGGCACGUGGAGCUGAUCUCGCCAAAACGGAACAUAUUCUUCAGCUUUCAAAAAUGACAUUACUUCUAGCUGACUACGGCGUAAAGAAACCAGCUUGGAUUGGAAUCAAACAGUUGAAUGGGUCUCGUUUUGAGUGGACUGAUCAGGCGCCAGUGAGGACAUUUUUCUGGACAGAUGACAAGGUUUUAAAUGAGACUGCUAAUAAUACAAAACCUUUCUGCGUUUCUUUAUCUGCCAGUGGGUGGAUUAGUUGUGAUUGUAGAGAGAGGUUACCUUACAUAUGCCAAACUAAACUGGAAGUCAGACCUACAGCCACAGUUCCCUUACAUUACAAUCAAACUCUGUGUAAAGAUGGCAAAUCAGUUCAACACGGAGAUUACUGUUACCUCAAGAAAAAGGAUCAAGUCUCCUGGCCUGAAGCUGAUCACGUGUGUAAACAACUUGGCAUGCAACUUGUCAGCAUCCGUUCCAGUAGCGAAGUGGAGUUUCUAGUCAAUGAAACUCAACAAAUGUUUGAGAAUCUCUAUUAUUGGAUUGGAUUGGUUAGCUACGAAAAUGGAUCGUUCCACUGGAAUGAUGGGUCGUCUAUGACCUACACAAACUGGGCAGAAGAUACUCCAGUAAUGUUAGACCGCCCUGAAGAAAUGUGUGUCGUAAUGGACAGUUACAAAGGUCGCUGGCAUCCGGUGGAUUGUCUCACUGAGUUACCUGGCUACAUCUGCUCAUCUCCUUCUAAAAAUGUCGGCAUGCUGUCAUCCCACAUCAGUGGAGGUUUGGUAGCAGCUAUUGUGAUGGCUGCUUUGUCUGCCUGCUGUCUUACCCUCAUCGCUACAGUGUUGGUUAUCAGAAAACGAAGGAGACAGACCAGACUUGAUCACCUCUUGCACAGAAAUGGUGAUAGCUCGGCCAACGCGGCUUACGACUGCAGCAAUCGUUGUGAUGAUCGAGACAUCGUGGUGUGCAACGUAGACACGAAUCUGUACGUGACCUUCAAGUGAUAAACUAGCAACGUGUCAGUGUCACUGACAAACUAGCAACGUGUCAGUGUCACUGACAAACUAGCAACGUUUUAGUGUCACUGACAAACUGACAGAAACAAGUUAACGUGACUAACAAGUAGUUUGAUCAUCUUUAAAAAAUAGUCAUUUAUAUUGUACUUUCUCACUGGAUGAAAACUUUUUAAAAAAUCAAGCUAAAAUCUGA